CGGCGUCCGUCACCAAGCCAUUCUCAGCUACAGACUUUCUCUACGACACCAGAGCGGGUCUCAUCAUGGUGUCCGAAGAGGAGGGCAUCAGCCCGCGCAAACGGCGGAAGAUUGGCCCUCCCAAGGCAGCUCCAUAUGUUUUGCGAUCGCUGUUCGACCAGGUACCCUUGAACUCCGAUGAUAACGAUGACGAUGUCCACAUCACCACGGUUGAGUAUUGGAACGACAAUCUGUACAUCGGGACAUCUGCCGCCGAGAUCCUCCAUUUCGUCUGUCUGCCGCCGGACCCCUCGGACAAGUCGAACGAGCCGUCGUUUAUCCUAGCUUCACGAUUACCUAUCCCCUUCGCCCACAAUGCAGCCGCUGCUACUAAGUCGCUCGGGAUCCAGCAGAUACUCUUGCUACCCGCCGUCAAUAAAGCUUGUGUCCUGUGCAACGGGACUGUCACCUUCUACAUGCUACCGGAGCUUAGCCCGGCCUUCGGAAACACCAAAGUCAACAAUUGUUCAUGGAUUGGAGGGGUGGAUCUCAACACGGCAGCAGACGAGCAGAAUGAGCAAGUGGUCAUGAUCGCGGCGCCGAAUCGUACUAUGCUGGUGAGAAUUGGGGAAGAGGCUCGACGUAUAAGGAACAUCGAGUUCCCCGGGUGUCUGGUUGCGGCGCGAAGAGGGAUAAUCGCCUGUGCCGCAGACGCACACUCGUACUCCCUUGUCGACGUGGAGAACCAACAAAAAAUACAAUUGUUCCCGAUUUCCUUCUCGAAUGAGGAUUUCGUGCCUAAUCAAAUCCACGAUGUCUCGACAGCUUCGCCAUUGAAGUCGCCUUCCUCGCCGUUCUUCGCCCACUCUCCCACCUCAGAGAGUCAUCUGUAUGAGAGAAGCUCCAGCUCGAACACCAUUUCUGGACUGUUACAACCCCACGGACACAAGCGAUCAGGCUCCGCCACUUCGGAACUGUCUCCCGAGUCGGGGACGCCAAGACGCUCGCUGUCUACAGAGCGCGCAGGGAGCGCAUCUCCCAGGCGGAGCAUGGAGAACUCACCACCUGAUUCAGAGUCAGGCGCAGACGAAAGAAAGCCGCUUCCCCCGCUCCCAAAGCCGACGCCACUGAAACCCCACAUCCUAUCUCCAACCCCGUCUGAGUUCCUGCUUGUCCGAGGAACGGACGGCGCGGAGCCCGGGGUGGGUAUGUUUGUCAAUGUCGACGGCGACGUGGUUCGUGGCACAAUCACCUUCCAUAAGUAUCCAGAAUCCAUCAUCAUCGAUAAAGGCGACGAGAACAACAUGAUCCAUUCGCCUGAUAAUACCCACGAGCAACUUCUGCUGGCAGUAAUAGAGGCAGAAGAAGAUGGUCAGCGCCGCAAGUUCUUGGAGGUGCAACUCUGGGAUGUCGAUCCUGGGGAAGCGGACGAUCACAAAAUGUGGGUUGAGAUACCGUCUUCGCCGGAUAUGCAGCACACGCAUGUCGGCCUCAAUCAUACGAUCAGCCCGAGCCAGCUGGAGAUCGCCGAGAUGGGUAAGCUCCUGCAGAUGGUGCGCCUGAAGACCCCGUCGCUUGCACCACAUGUCCCUGCUACAGAUCCGAGAACGCAGGCGUCUAUCGAGCAUCUGCAGAAAGAAAAAGAGCUAUUUGAAGGCCAGGAAGGGGCCGGGGAAGCUGAGCGCGGCUGGGAGACGGAGCGCAAUGCCGAAGAAGCCAAAUUUGCGCGUGCCUUGGGCCAGACCCAAAGCAGUCUGAUCAUGUGGAACGGUAAUCAGAUUUGGCGGGUGGUGAAGAACCCACUCACAACACAGCUGGAUGACGCCCUACAGAGCGCCCAAGUCCCAGAGGCGGAAGGUCGUACCAUACUCAAGCGAGAGGCCAUCUCGAACGUCAUCGAGUUAGUCCAAGCUGCGGAGCCAAAGUCUGAAUCCGAGUUCUUGGGCUUGAACUACUUGAAGCAAAAAGCGAGUCUGCUUCUUUUCGGCGACCUCAUCCUCAUGGACUCGAAGCACCGAGAUGAGGCAACUAUAGAUGCGACGGAACGGGCGCUUAUCGUUGGAAACCUGGAUCCCCGGAUCCCGCUCCUGUUGAUCCCCCUUUUGCGACGAGAAGUUCUGCAGAGCCCGCAAGGAAUUUGGAUCCAUGCAGGCUUGGCGCAGCUCACCGAAGGAUACGUUCAGCAGCUGAGUACGACUGUGGGAGGUGGAGCGUCCGACAGUGCAGUGCUAGAUAUGAUCAAGAGGUUCUUGUUCUCAUGGCAGCAGAAGAGGGGGUAUGGAAGUAUUACGGAUGAAAGCUACGUCUUCGACAGCGUUGAUGCAGCAUUCCUGCACUUGCUCUUGGAACAAGACGCACACCUCGCGCCCGAACAACGUGCAGGCUCUUCGUUACGCAUCGAACUGAACAGGCUUGUGGAUAAUUGGAAAGGCAACCUGGACCGUGCUGUAGCCCUCCUGGAACAGUAUCGGCGACUCUUUGUCUUGAGCCGACUAUAUCAAAGCCAGAAGAUGUCUCGCAAUGUCCUCAAAACAUGGCGCCGCAUCAUUGAGGGUGAAGAAGAUCUAGGCGGCGAAAUCACUAUUGCUGGCACGGAGGCGCAGAUGCGUCGGUAUCUGGUCAAGAUCAAGGACGUGCAACUGGUGGAGGAAUAUGGCGCAUGGCUCGCACAGCGCAAUCCUAGUUUGGGUAUACAAGUAUUCUCCGAUGGCACGAGCAGAGUGAAGCUGGAGACGGCCGAUGUCGUCGACCUCCUCAAGCAACAAGCUCCAAAUGCCGUCCAAGCGUACUUGGAGCAUCUUGUCUUUGCCCGAAAUCUCACCCAAUACGCGGACGACCUCCUAGCAUACUAUCUCGACUCCGUUCUCUCUGUCUUGGAAAGCUCGCCGUCGGCGCGGGCCUCUCUGUCCGAGUCUUACUCUACCUACCGCGCUCUGAGCGCCCCGAAACCCACCUACAUGAAUUUUAUUACGGUGAACACCCCCUCCGAGCCAUGGUGGCAAUCCCGGCUGCGGCUGCUUCAGCUGCUAGGCGGCGGCAGCACCGGGGGCAGCCAGUUUACCACGAUGCCGCCGCGGAGCUUCGCCUUUUCGAUCCCUGCCGUUCUGGCGCGGAUCGAGCCCUUCCAGAACGAGCUCGUCUCGGAAUCUAUUAUUCUCGACGGGCUCCAGGGCCGACACCGCGAGGCUCUGCAUCUCCUCACGCACGGGCUGGGCGACUACGACUCGGCGGUCCAGUACUGUCUCUUCGGCGGCCCGCGCGCGACGAGCAGCAGCGCGUCCUUCGCCGAGCGACCGCUGCAGAGCGAGCUGUUCCGGUUCCUGCUGGACGAGUUCCUGGCGGUGGAGGAUCUGUCGGAACGCAUCGAGCGGACCAGCGACCUGCUGGGGCGAUUUGCGGCGUGGUUCGACGUCGGGGAGGUGCUGCGGGUGAUUCCGGAUGAGUGGAGCGUGGAUAUCCUGAGCGGGUUCCUGGCGCACGUCUUCCGGGUCCUGGUGGGGGAGGGCCGGGAGGUUCGGAUUGCGCGGGCGUUGAGCGCGGGGUUGAACCUACGGGUAGGGACGGAAUAUAUCGAGGGCGUCGAGAAGGUGGGGCCGUGGGUUGAGGAUGGGGAUGGAUUGCGUAGGAUGAAAGAUCGGCCGGUGAUGAGGGCGGGGGGGAGGGAGAGCGAGGACAGCGAGGAGUUUGGGGAUAUUGUGGAGGCGGAUGCUCGUAAUGAAUGA